UCUUGGCAAUAUGGCGUCCUCCUUGAUGUGCUGAUGAGAGGAGUUUCACUGUAGCUUCAAGCCAGAGGGCAAAACUCCCCAAACCCAAUAAGCCCACAUUACGCGUUUUCUCCGCGGCUCCGUGUCGCCCGUUUCUCAGGACUCGUUCUCAAGCAGGAGAGAGCCACGGGGCCGGAGGCCAGGACCGGCCAGGCCGCGCGGACCCGGGGCUGAGGAGCCGGCUGCGGGCAAGCACGAUGGGCCCGUCCUGGCUCUGGUUGCAGCAGCUCCGGCGAGUGCGAGAUCCGCAGGGCUGAAAGUGGCUGUAGGAGACACGAGGCGCUCUGAACCUCUUCCCCUCGGCCGAAGACCUCAGCCCAGUCGGCAAACCGGCACCAAGAGCGGGCGGCCUGCCUGUCCUCGGAUCGGCUGAGGCGUUGGAGGCCGAGAGCAGGGUCAUCGUGAGGCCUGGAGUCUCGCACGCCUUUGACAGCUCCGCAGCCCCUCCGGGAGCGGACAGCCUCAGAAGCAGCCGGUGGCUUGGGAUCUGGGGGCGUGUGUGUCUGUGAGGAGCUCCUUGGAUUCCCUCAUUUCCCACCGCUCUUCCCACCCCUGCUGACUUCUCGCGCAGAGUUAGAGAGAAGGAUCUCAGACUUUUUGCCUCAGCGAGGGUCUCCGCACACUCUCCAUACAUUUCUUUUUCUACUUCCCCCUUCUCUGUUUUUUAUUUCACCAAUUCUGGUACACACUAGUUUUUAAGGCUGGAGGUUCUCGAGCGCUUGCUGCCCAGGACUCCCCCACCCCCUCCCCCGCUGAUGGAAUCCGAGAUGCUGCAGUCGCCUCUCCUGGGACUCGGGGAGGAAGAUGAGGCCGAUCUUACUGACUGGAACCUGCCUUUGGCUUUCAUGAAAAAGAGGCACUGUGAGAAAAUUGAAGGCUCCAAAUCUUUAGCUCAGAGCUGGAGGAUGAAGGAUCGGAUGAAGACCGUCAGCGUUGCCUUAGUUUUGUGCCUGAAUGUUGGUGUGGACCCUCCAGAUGUGGUGAAGACUACUCCUUGUGCACGUUUGGAAUGCUGGAUUGAUCCUCUGUCAAUGGGUCCUCAGAAAGCCCUGGAAACCAUUGGUGCGAAUUUACAGAAGCAGUACGAGAACUGGCAGCCAAGGGCGCGGUACAAGCAGAGCCUCGAUCCAACUGUGGAUGAAGUGAAGAAGCUUUGCACAUCUUUACGUCGAAAUGCCAAGGAGGAGCGGGUCCUCUUCCACUACAAUGGGCAUGGGGUGCCCAGGCCCACUGUGAACGGCGAGAUUUGGGUCUUCAACAAGAACUACACUCAGUACAUCCCUCUGUCUAUAUACGACCUGCAGACAUGGAUGGGCAGCCCCUCCAUAUUCGUCUACGACUGCUCCAACGCUGGUCUCAUUGUCAAGUCCUUCAAGCAGUUCGCCCUGCAGAGGGAGCAGGAGCUGGAGGUUGCUGCUAUUAACCCAAACCACCCACUGGCCCAGAUGCCUUUGCCCCCGUCCAUGAAGAACUGCAUUCAGCUGGCAGCCUGUGAGGCCAACGAGCUCCUGCCCAUGAUCCCCGACCUUCCGGCCGACCUAUUCACGUCGUGCCUCACCACCCCCAUCAAAAUCGCCCUGCGCUGGUUUUGCAUGCAGAAAUGCGUUAGUCUGGUGCCUGGAGUCACACUGGAUUUGAUAGAAAAGAUUCCCGGGCGGCUGAACGACAGGAGGACCCCCCUGGGCGAGCUGAACUGGAUCUUCACGGCCAUCACGGACACCAUCGCAUGGAACGUGCUUCCUCGGGAUCUCUUCCAAAAGCUCUUCAGACAGGACCUGUUGGUGGCUAGUCUGUUUCGAAAUUUUUUAUUGGCGGAAAGGAUCAUGAGGUCGUAUAACUGCACCCCCGUCAGCAGCCCACGCCUGCCGCCCACGUACAUGCACGCCAUGUGGCAAGCCUGGGACCUGGCUGUCGACAUUUGUCUCUCCCAGCUGCCGACCAUCAUCGAAGAAGGCACGGCAUUUCGGCACAGCCCCUUCUUUGCUGAGCAGCUGACCGCCUUCCAGGUGUGGCUCACGAUGGGCGUGGAGAACAGGAACCCACCUGAGCAGCUUCCCAUUGUCUUACAGGUGCUGCUGAGCCAAGUGCACCGGCUGAGAGCCCUGGACCUGCUGGGAAGAUUUCUGGACCUGGGUCCCUGGGCGGUGAGCCUGGCCUUGUCUGUGGGUAUUUUCCCCUACGUGCUGAAGCUGCUCCAGAGCUCAGCCAGGGAGCUGCGGCCUCUCCUUGUCUUCAUCUGGGCCAAGAUCCUCGCCGUGGACAGUUCGUGCCAAGCUGACCUGGUGAAGGACAACGGCCACAAGUACUUCCUCUCGGUCUUGGCAGAUCCGUACAUGCCAGCUGAGCACAGGACCAUGACAGCCUUCAUUCUGGCUGUGAUCGUUAACAGCUAUAACACGGGGCAGGAAGCCUGCCUCCAGGGAAACCUGAUCGCCAUCUGCCUGGAGCAGCUCAACGACCCCCACCCCCUGCUGCGCCAGUGGGUGGCCAUCUGCCUGGGCCGGAUCUGGCAGAACUUUGACUCGGCCCGGUGGUGCGGGGUGAGGGACAGCGCUCACGAGAAGCUCUGCAGCCUUCUCUCCGACCCUAUCCCUGAGGUGCGCUGCGCAGCAGUCUUUGCCCUCGGCACAUUUGUGGGCAACUCCGCAGAGAGGACGGACCACUCCACCACCAUCGACCACAAUGUGGCCAUGAUGCUGGCCCAGCUCAUCAACGACGGCAGCCCCGUGGUCCGGAAGGAACUGGUGGUGGCUCUGAGUCAUCUUGUCGUUCAAUAUGAAAGCAAUUUCUGCACUGUGGCCCUGCAGUUCAUGGAAGAGGAGAAGAACUACCCACUGCCCUCUCCAGCCACCACAGAGGGUGGGAGUCUGACCCCGGUGCGGGACAGCCCCUGCACCCCCAGACUGCGCUCCGUGAGCUCCUACGGAAACAUCCGUGCCGUCACCACGGCUAGAAGCUUGAACAAAUCUUUGCAAAACCUGAGUCUGACGGAAGAAUCCGGCGGCUCGGUGGCCUUCUCCCCCGGGAACCUGAGCACCAGCAGCAGCGCCAGCAGCACCCUGGGCAGCCCCGAGAACGAGGAGUACAUCCUGUCCUUCGAGACCAUCGACAAGAUGCGCCGAGUCAGCUCCUACUCCUCCCUCAACUCCCUCAUCGGAGUUUCAUUCAAUAGUGUUUACACUCAAAUUUGGAGAGUCUUGCUACAUCUGGCUGCAGAUCCCUAUCCAGAUGUUUCCGAUUUGGCUAUGAAAGUGCUCAACAGCAUCGCCUACAAGGCCACAGUGAACGCCCGGCCUCAGCGCAUCCUCACCACCUCUUCCCUCACUCAGUCGGCACCCGCCAGCCCCACCAACAAGGGCAUCCACAUCCACCAGGCGGGAGGCUCCCCGCCAACAUCCAGUGCAAGCAGCUCCAGCCUGACCAACGACGUGGCCAAGCAGCCGGUCAGCCGAGACCUGCCUGCAGGCCGGCCGGGCACCACAGGCCCCAUGGCGGUGCAGUACACACCCCACUCCCACCAGUUCCCCCGGACACGGAAGAUGUUCGACAAGGGCCCAGACCAGACCACUGACGACCCGGAUGAUGCUGCCGGGCACAAAAGUUUCAUCUCGGCCACAAUGCAGACAGGGUUCUGCGACUGGAGCGCGCGGUACUUCGCCCAGCCUGUCAUGAAGGUAAUCCCGGAAGAGCAUGACCUGGAGAGUCAGAUCCGCAAGGAGCGGGAGUGGCGGUUUCUGCGAAACACCCGCGUCAGGAAGCAGGCGCAGCAGCUCAUCCAGAAGGGUAUCACAAGGCUGGAUGACCAGAUAUUUCUGAACAGGAACCCUGGUGUCCCCUCCGUGGUCAAGUUUCACCCCUUUACGCCGUGUGUGGCCGUCGCUGACAAAGACAGCAUCUGUUUUUGGGACUGGGAGAAAGGGGAGAAGCUGGAUUAUUUCCACAACGGAAACCCUCGGUACACGAGGGUCACGGCCAUGGAGUAUCUGAAUGGCCAGGACUGCUCACUCCUGCUCACAGCCACAGAUGACGGUGCCAUCAGAGUCUGGAAGAACUUUGCUGAUUUGGAAAAGAAUCCAGAAAUGGUGACGGCCUGGCAGGGGCUCUCCGACAUGCUGCCCACCACCCGAGGAGCUGGGAUGGUGGUGGACUGGGAGCAGGAGACCGGCCUCCUCAUGAGCUCGGGAGACGUGCGGAUCGUCCGGAUCUGGGACACGGAUCGUGAGAUGAAGGUGCAGGACAUCCCCACCGGUGCCGACAGCUGCGUGACGAGCCUGUCCUGCGACUCCCACCGCUCCCUCAUCGUGGCCGGGCUCGGCGAUGGCUCCAUCCGCGUCUACGACAGGAGGAUGGCGCUCAGCGAAUGCCGCGUCAUGACAUACCGGGAGCACACGGCUUGGGUGGUGAAGGCCUACCUCCAGAAGCACCCUGAGGGCCACAUCAUGAGCGUCAGCGUCAACGGGGACGUGCGCUUCUUCGACCCUCGGAUGCCGGAGUCCGUGAACGUCCUGCAGAUCAUUAAGGGGCUGACGGCCCUUGACAUCCACCCCCAGGCAAACCUGAUCGCAUGUGGCUCCAUGAACCAGUUCACCGCCAUCUACAAUGGCAGCGGAGAGCUGAUCAACCACAUCAAGUACUACGACGGCUUCAUGGGCCAGCGGGUCGGCGCCAUCAGCUGCCUGGCUUUCCACCCGCACUGGCCUCACCUGGCCGUGGGCAGCAACGACUACUACAUCUCCGUGUACUCGGUGGAGAAGCGCGUCAGAUAGCGGCCCCUCCCCACAGGCCGCCAUGUACAUAGUGGACCCACCGCACUGCCCUGAGCACCUGCCUGACCUGGCUGCUGAGGGCUCGAGAGAGCCCGCACUGUCUGUCUGUCUGUCUUCGCUGUCACGCCCAGGAGCCCGGAGAAGGGGGCUCUGCUGGAGUCCUCGGUGUGAUGGUUGCUGCUCUGAUGAAACACAGCUCCUGGCCUGAGGACACAGUAGCUGUACAUCCCAGUCCCCUCCCGUCCUGUUUUCUUCUGAGGUUUUUAAGGGGGAAACACACUUGUUUUGUUUUCCGAGUGAUGCAAGCAUUAGUCCACAAAGGCUCCAGACGGAAGCCAGCCUCCCGGGGCUGCUCGCCGCCCCCCGCCCCCCAACCCAGGGUGUGCUCCUGGGGAUGGUCUGAGCGCACUGGAUGAGGCGGAGGCUUGAGACGGAGUGAAGGACAGAUGGAGGCGGCCUGCCACCCACUGGUCCUCACCCCAGGCCCAUCCGGCCAAACGGCGGAGGCCAAGCGUGCCCCUCCCCACAUGGCCGCCCUCCCCGCAGGCAGGACUUCCGUCUGAGUGUCAGCCGUUCUUGCUGCAGGUCUGUCAGCAGGAGGGGCCCUGGUUUGGAAGGAGAGACAGGUCCCUUGGGCCACAGAGCUUGUUUCUCUCAAGUGCUGCUCUUCCCCAGCAGGUGUGGGAACCGUGGCCUCCACACCUGCACCCCACACGCAUCACACGAGCACACAUGGAGGGGCCACCGAGCCCCAAGAGUAUCGGGGUGAACGGUGCCGCCCCAGCCCUCUGUCCCCACACAAAGGGGUGCAGCUCACGCUUGCGAGGGACACGGCAGAGCUCCCGGGAGGGCAGCAGCUUCACAUGUGUCCAUGCACACGCGUCUGUGACAGGGCGCUGAGCAGCCACACCCGGAGCACAAGACACAGCCACGAUGAUGAUAUUUUGAAAAGCAUUUUUUCCAUUUUCCUUGGGAUCAGGAUUAUUCAGAAAUAGAGUGAGCUGGCUUAGCUACUUCUGCCAAUAAGAGGCCAAUAAUAGUGAGAAUGUGAGGAAGAGCCAUGCUGUGGACGUGGGUGGGCUGGACGGGGCGCAGGGCUGGGCAAGGGGAGCAGCCCUUCUGCGGCCCAUAGGCCAUGCCUGCUCCCCCGAGAAAGUUCCGGGACGGCGUCCACCAUGUUCUGGGCAAGCGAGCAGCGUGGGGUGGGGAAGACCGCAGAAAGCUCAGCUCCCCCGCACACAGCCGGUCACCUCCACCCGGCGCUCCAGACGGCGACUUGGGAACCUUCCAGAAGCUGAGCUCCACCCACAGAUGCAGAGUUGACUACCCACAGCCAAUUCACGGAGCGGUUCCACUCCAGAUUUUGAGCUCAUAUGCGGUUCUGUUUGUUUUGAGACAAAACCAUCCCCUGGCCAAGCGCAGAGGCCCCGUGGAGGGGCUGUCUUCACAGGUCUGAUGCGAAAAUUCAAUCAUGAAGUUACAGAGGCUCGAGAGAGCGUGACCUAAGGGUUCAUUUAUCUCUAUUUAUUUUACCAAAAUGAGAAUUGAAAGACUUUGAUGAAACAUGGAAUUGUAAUGCGAGAGUAAGAGCGAUAAACUGUUAAUAAAAGAUAA